UUGUUGCGGAACGAAAGACUUCUCCCGUUAAGAACUUUUUAAAAUCAACCCAAAAUAUUUUCAAACUGCGGAAGAAACCCACCUCCCCUCUCCCACACAUAUAUUCCGGAAUACUUCAUUGGAUCUCUGAUUCGUAGUAUCCUUCUCUUCUUAUCUGUUGAGUUCUCUCUCUCUCUCUUCUCUGGUUCCUUCAUGGAAAGCAAGAACAACGUAGACAGCGGUGCCAAAGUUGGUUCCGAAGGUGCCAAGCCAAAUCUUACCAACCAUCAUGAAGACCCUAAUUAUGCGCAUGUUGAGGAACAAGAACAAGAAGUAGAGGUAGGCGGAUCAGACAUCGAGCAGGCUCCUCAGCCGCCGCGUCAGCCCCCUAGAACCCCCUUUACUAAUCUAAGUCAGGUCGAGGCUGACCUCGCUCUCGCACGUACCCUUCAGGAACAGGAAAGGGCAUACAUGAUGCUCCAAAUGAACAAUGAAGGGAGUGAUUAUGGAAGUUGGGAAGGUGGAAGCUAUGCGUAUGAUGACGAGGACGAUUUUGAUGAUCCCCAUGAGGACACUGAUGGGGACGAUGAGGAGGGAUAUGAUGGAACCAACCUUGAUGAUGAUGAGGAUGCUUUCGAUGUGCAUGCUCAUGAUGAGGCUCAAGAGGAAAACAACCCCCGUGUUGAAUUCGAUCCAGCUGUCUAUGUAAGUGACGAGGCCUAUGCAAGAGCCCUACAGUAUGCUGAAGACAUAGAAGUGGCUGCUAGACUGUUUGUGCUUGCAGGGUUAAAUGAUAGGGAAGCUGAGGACAUAGAGGAUCAUGGUGGUUACUCUCAGGACCCGUGGGAGGAGGUUGACCCCGACGAGCUUUCCUAUGAGGAAUUGAUUGCGCUUGGUGAAGUAGUUGGAACUGAGAGUAGAGGGCUUUCAGCUGAUACAAUUGCGUCUUUGCCUUCAGUAAAGUACAAAUCAGGAAGCAGUCAGAAUGGAAACAAUGAUUCGUGUGUCAUUUGUCGGUUGGACUAUGAGGAUGGUGAAACAUUGACAGUGCUUUCUUGCAAACAUUCUUACCAUUCUGAAUGCAUAGGCGAUUGGUUGAAAAUAAACAAGGUCUGCCCUGUUUGCAAUGCUGAUGUUUCAAUUUCCGGCAACAGCUAGUGGAAGGCAAGAAUAUUAACAACAGUUGGCACACAGCUUUGGGUCAGUUCUCUCGUGUACUGGAGGGAACACAAAUGUGCCUGGUUGUCUCCAUGCUUAAUGAGAAUAGUUUUAUAUAUUUAUCAGAUCUGGCCUCUCUCUUUGGUGAAUUGACAAGCAUGUUAGCCGAGAUUUUUACUAUUUUUUAAUUUUUAUUGUAUCUUUAAGAUUACCUCUCAUUGAAGAUGGCUUAGUUAUACAAAUGGGUAAACUGUUUGCAUUG